ACCCACAACCACAACGAAAAGGCGCACAUCCAUUUCAGCUCUUUGGCUGGCUUUGCCGGCGAGCCCGGGUCGGUGGCGCCGGACGGACGUCGCCGCCGUGGUGCUGCACGUGGACUUGCACUUGAGCACUUGCAUCCGGACGACGGGAGAAGAGAACAACCCACCCAAACGGCUCGAUCUUGGCCAUGUCGUCCCAUGCACGUCCAGGGUGACGUGACGAUCCUCUCUGGACGCUCAGCGAGUGUCGGCUGCACGGUGCUCACCUCAUCACUACCAUUUGUCUCCUUCCAUAUAAGUAGUAAGUGGAGCUGCAGCACUGCGCUAACAACCUGCAGCUUAGCUGUCUUCCAUGGUUCCAUGCACCUGCUGUCCUCCGCUUUCGCUCCCGUCCGCAUCGAUCCAGCACCCUCGCGCCGAACGGCAGCAAGCUAGGGGACGCGGGCGCGAGAUCGAUCGAGAUGGGCAGCGUCGCCGGCGGCGGUGCCUCGCCGGAGAAGGACCAGCCGGUGUGUGUGACGGGAGCCACCGGCUACGUCGGCUCCUGGCUCGUCCGCACCCUGCUGCUGCGUGGCCGCCGCGUCCACGCCACGGCCAGGGACCCAGCCAAGGCGCGGCGGAUGCUGUCGGCGGUGGAGGGGAAGGAGCGGCUCAGGGUGUUCAGGGCGGACAUGGCCGAGGAAGGGAGCUUCGACGACGCCCUCGCCGGCUGCGCCACGCUCUUCCACGUCGCCGCCUCCAUGGACCUCCACCUAUCGCCGGACCACCACGACGCCGAGGAGCGCGUGAGGUCGCAGGUGCUGGAGCCGGCGACGAGGGGCACCAUCAACGUGCUGCGCUCCUGCGUCCGCGCCGGGACCGUCCGGCGGGUCGUCUUCACGUCCUCCGUCAGCACGCUGGCGGCGGCCGGCGCGGAGGCGGCGGCCGUGGACGAGUCGUGCCUCCGGGACCUCGACGACGUCUGGGCCGCCAAGCCCAUCGGCUGGGUCUACAUCCUGUCCAAGCGGCUGGCGGAGGAGGCCGCGUUCGGGUUCGCGCGGGAGAACGGCCUCCCCCUUGUGUCCGCCGUCCUGCCGACGGUCGCCGGCCCGUUCCUGACGCCGGCCGUGCCCACCAGCGUCCAGCUCCUCCUGUCCCCGGUAACACGUGACCCGAAGCUGAGCGCGCUGCUGGCGUCGGUGCACGCGCGGUUCGGGUGCGUGCCGCUGGCGCACGUCCAGGACGCGUGCGACGCGCACCUCUUCCUGGCGGACGCGCCGGCGGCAGAGGGGCGGUACAUCUGCGCCGGAGGCAGCCACACGACGGCCCGCAUCGCCCGGCUCCUCGCCUCGCACUACACCCCGUUCAACCCGGAAAAGAGGUUGGGUGAUGAUCUCGGCGGUGCGAGCCCGGCGACCGUGGUGUCGUCGAAGCGGCUGCUGGAUCUGGGGUUCAGGUUCGGGCACGACGCCGGGGACAUCCUCAGGGACGCGGUUGCGCAGUGCGUUGACCACGGCUUCCUUGAGCCGCCUCGUGGACGUGAGUGACUAACUAGGGUGUGUUCGAUCGAUCUUGGAUGGGUGUGUGUGUCGGCUGGGAACUGGGAUCGUGAUGGAAUGACCAUUUGGCCAUGCAGAACCAAAGUAGAAAGAGACAAAUGAAAAGUUUAAAUGAUUUCUUAGUCCCAUUGUAACGUGGAAA